AUGAAGGAGCAUUUUCUAUGGCUGUUUCAGGGAAUAGGUGCUACGAAAUUUUGGGGCGCAAAGACGCUGAGCGUCGAACACUGCAUGAAACUAUGUGUACGACAAAGUCAAUGCAAGUCUAUCAACUUUGAUCUGAAAACAAGAAUGUGUGAGUUAAACAAUAACUUGAGGCACGGGACACAAAAGGCAUCAGAUUCCAACGUUUACUCCGAGUUCCAGUCGUGGCCUCCGGAGGUUGACGAAAUGUGCUACAGUCGUCCUUGCAAGGACAACGAGGUGUGUAUACCAAAGUCGCUUUUGAUGUCUUCAGAUGACGGGAAAUGCUCGUACUCUUGCAUGCAAUUUAGUCGACCCGUGUGUCCUUUACCGAAAAUGGGAACUUUUAACGGUCGAACCGUUGGCUCUGUGAAUAUCGUAAAGUGUCCCAAGGGCAUGAAAGGCGGGGGUAGUGCAGAGUGUCAGCAGAAUCUAAAAUGGGACAAGAAAAUUAACAAAUGUGUUGGAUUUCGUUUUAGAAAUGAAAAUGAAACCAAAAAGUUUGUAAGAGCAGAUCUUGAAACAAAUCAUGAUGGCGAAUGGAAACAAGUUUCCAGCGACAACUGGAAUUGGAAUAAAACCCAGGUUGCCUGUAGAGACCUUCUUGAUCUAGAGUAA